UCGUGAUUCUGAAUUCGGGCUAACUUCACUUCCUUGUUCUCGCGUCAUCAUGACGUCAUUUCCUUGCGCUGAACUUCAGUAUAGAUAAGUUCAGCUACCCUACAGCUCAUUUCCAGCUAUUUCGGUUCACUCUCGAGAUUUGGUCUGCAGCACAGAAUGGCAGUGGACUGGUGGGGCUUCGCCUACGCUGCAGCUCUCGCGCUGGGCGGCUUUAUGGGCUAUAAAAGAAGAGGAAGUGUGGUGUCUUUAAUUGCCGGACUCUUCUUUGGAAGUGUGUCUGCAUAUGGAGCAUAUAAAAUAUCAAAUGAUCCACAUGAUUACUGGACCUUUCUAACCGCCGCCGGUGUACUGACACUUGUGAUGGGAAUGAGAUUCAGGAAAUCUGGAAAAUUAAUGCCUGCAGGAAUCACGGCAGGACUCAGCCUCCUGAUGGUUUUGCGGAUUUUGAUCUACUAAGUGUUCAUGGACAGACCACUUCUCACAACAUCUACUUUGUUCAUUUCACACGUUUUAAUCACCCAACUGUAUCUUGAACAUUCCAAAUAAAUCUGUUCGUUACAGAG